AUGUCCCGGUGUGGGCUCUCAUCAUCUAUCCAGCCCGUCUGCGACUGCAAUGGGAUGUCCAGGCAGUGCAUCUUUGACUGGCACCUUCUGAGGGAGACGGGCAACGGGUACCGCUGCCUCCACUGCCUGGGCAACACGGAGGGCGCCCGCUGCGAGAGGUGCAAGGAGGGCUUCUUCCGCCGGCGGGACGAGCACUGCUGCCUGCCUUGCCACUGCCACCCCCAAGGUGCCCUGAGCCCACAGUGCGACAGCGACGGCCGAUGCAGCUGCAAACCUGGAGUGAUGGGCCAGAAGUGUGACCAGUGCCAGAGGGGCUUCCACUCCCUCUCCGAGGCUGGCUGCCAGAGAAACGGGCAAAAUCUGCAGUGCGAGUGUGACCCAGCCGGGAGCACCGGGGACUGCAUCUCAGGUCGCUGUGUCUGCAAGGCAAGCACGACUGGAGAGCGCUGCAACAGGUGCAAGCGAAACUUCUAUAACUUGGAUGCAAGAAAUCCCACAGGAUGUUCCCCAUGCUUUUGCUAUGGGCACUCAGCAACGUGCGUCAGUUCUGAGAAUUACAGUGUGUAUAACAUCACUUCCACCUUCCAGCAAGGUGCUGAAGGCUGGAGAGGUGUUCAUGGGAGCGGGGCCCCAGCCCAGCUCCAGUGGUCUCCACGCCAUCAGGACGUGUUCGUUGCAGCAAGGACCUCAGAGCCCAUAUACUUCAUGGCACCUGCAAAAUUCCUUGGGAACCAGCAGCUGAGCUAUGGCCAGACCCUCUCCUUUGACUAUCGUCUGGAUCGAGGGGGCCKUGAACCAUCUCCCCAUGAUGUGGUCCUGGAAGGAGGCGGCCUGAGAGUCACUGCCCCRUUUUUGCCUCAUGGGAAGAUCCUGCCCUGUGGUGUCAGUGAGACAUAUACAUUCAGGCUGGAUGAGCACCCAAGCAGCAAGUGGAGCCCAAGACUGAAUUUCUUUGAGUAUCACAGGCUGCUGGGAAACCUGACAGCACUCUGGAUUCGAUCCACAUUUGGAGAAUACAGCACAGGCUACAUCGAUAACGUGACRUUGGUGUCGGCGCAACGCGCGCCCGGCGUCCCUGCUCGCUGGGUGGAGCACUGCGACUGCCCUGCCGGCUACCAGGGGCAGUUCUGUGAGCGCUGCGCUCCCGGCUACAGGAGAGAGGCUUCCAACCCGGGGCCUUUUGGCAUCUGUGUGCUGUGCAACUGCCAGGGGGGAGGAAUUUGUGAUCCAGACACUGGUGAAUGUUACUCUGGAGAUGAACAUGUGAGCAACAGUAUCAGCUGCCCAUUUGGCUACUACAGAGACCCAAAGUAUCCUCACAGCUGUAGGCGGUGCCCAUGCGAAAAUGGCCAAAGCUGCUCUGUGACACCAGGGAGAGAAGAAAUUGUCUGUGAUCACUGCCCUCCUGGAGCCACUGGUGCCAACUGUGAGUACUGUGCUGAUGGCUAUUUUGGAGACCCCUCGGCUUCCAGGCCGUGCCAGCCUUGCCAGUGCAACAACAAUGUUGAGCCCAAUGCCGUGGGCAACUGCAACCGCCAGACCGGCGAGUGUCUGAAGUGCAUCUACAACACGGCCGGCUUCUCCUGCGACCGCUGCAAGGACGGCUUCUUUGGGAACCCCUUGGCUCUCAACCCUGCAGACAAGUGCAGAGCCUGCAAUUGCAAUUCUGUUGGUGCUGAGCCCCUGAAGUGCCAAAGCGACGGGAGCUGCAUCUGCAAGCCUGGCUUUGACGGCCCCAACUGYGAACACACCGAGUGUCCAGCCUGCUACAGCCAGGUGAAAACACAGGUGGACCUGUACUUGCAGCAGCUGCAGGAGCUGGAGCUGCUUUUCUCAGAGGUGCAGGCUGGUGGUGGGGUUGGGAGUGAGGAGCUGGAGGGGAAGAUGCAGCUGGCUGAGGAGAUGCUGCGAGGGAUCCUCAGGGAAGCCUUGAGCCUGCAAGCCUCUGACAAAUCUCUGGAAAGUCGUGUGUCCAGAUUGAAGGGACAAGAGUCCAGUUACCAGAGCCGCCUGGAUGACAUCAGGGCAACAGUGGAGAGACUGAGGUUUCUUGGGAACCAGUAUGAGAAGCAGGUGCAGGACACACGGCAGCUGCUGCAGAGAGCUAGGUUGGACCUGGACCGAAGUGGAGACACUCUAAGUAGAGUGACUAUUCCAGUUUCAGACUUUCCUGGAAGCUCAAAUAAGUUCCUGCUCCUGGCCCAGGAGGCUCUGAGACUAGCCAACAGCCACAUGCAAGCAGCCAACACGAUUGAGCAAGCAGCAAAGGCGGCGCAGGAUGACUCGCAGCAGGCGCUGGAGCUGCUGCGCUCAGCUGUGAACGGAGGGGCAAUCAUGUCGAGCUCCCUGCAAGGGCUGCUCAGGAAAUACGAGGAGGUGAAAUUGCUGGUGGGAGGCCUGGAGGCUGAAGCCGACAAAACAGCCUCCGAGGCAGACAAGGUUUAUCAGAGCAGCUUGACACUCCUCACCUCUCUGUCCCGCCUGCUCAAGACUGACACUGGAUCCUUUGAGGGGGAGGCGACCCGGCUGAAGCAAGAAGCAGACACUCUCMUGAGGAUGGUGGACACAUAUAUGGCAGAAUAUAGGCAACUGCAAAGCCGUACAGGCCACUGGGAGGAAGAAAUCAAGCAGCUGUUGCAGAGAGGAGAAAGCGAGAGAGCGACACUGACUCAGCUGCUGUCCCGAGCCAACGUCGCCAGGAGCACAGCCCAGGCAGCUGUGAGUGCGGGCAACGCCACCUUUUAUGAAGUUGAACAGAUUCUGAAGAACCUUAGAGGGUUCAACGUGCAAGCAGAUGACAAGAGAAGGGAAGCUGAAGAUGCUAUGAGGAGGCUGCCAAUUAUCAGCAGCAUGGUUGCUAGUGCCAAGGAGAAGACUGACCGAGCUGAGGCAGUCCUGGGCGAUGCUGCUUCUGAAUCAAGGACAGCCAGCAGCACUGCAGCAGAAGCAAAGGAGAUCACCAGCGGGAUUCAGCAGGAGAUUGCCCAGUUGAAGGUGGAAGCCAACAGGACGGCUGAUGGAGUCCUAGCCCUGGAGAAGGCAGUGGCCACCUUGCUGCGUGAGGCUAAGGAAGUGGAUGGUGAAUUUGAAAGGAAAGUGUCAGAGAUUGAAGCAGAUGCCACUGUGAUACAGGAGACAGCUCAAGAGGCUCAGAAUGCCCAUGCCAAGGCUGGUGAGGCUGGGGUGGCUGUGCAGGAGACACUGAGUGCCCUGGAAGAGCUGCUGCGACUGAUGGACCACCCUGAUGCCAUGGAUGACAAAGACCUGAACCUCCUUGAACUGACUCUUAAWAAAGCAAAGGUCAAGAGGAACCAGUUGAAGGAACAGAUGUUGUGGCUGGAGCAAACAGCCACACAGCAGAAGCUCCGUGUACAAACACUGGAGAGAAGCAUUGAGGAUGUCCUGGCAGACAUUAAGAACCUGGAGGAUAUUCAGAGAAGCCUUCCUCCUGGCUGUUACAAUACAAAAGCCAUCGAACUACCUUGAGUGAGCUCUGGAAAGACUGCAGCACAUGUCAGGCUGAAGACAGGAGAUCCUGGCCCGGUCGCUCUCCCCACACCUGGCAGGACCAGCUGCAUUUCAUUCUGUUGAAUUUAACCUUGCACUUGAGU